AAAAUCAUUACCCUUAAAAACGACGGCGUUUCGGAACGACCGUGGGUCUGCGCAGACUCUUCAACCCCUACCUUGUGAUAACAAGAAAAGAAAAGGGGAUGAUCGGAUCUCGUUGAUCUCUCAGAUUCAUAAGCUAUUCCAGAUACCAUUUUGCGGAGGAAGAGAUAUGGCGAGGAUUCCUUGCGACUUCAGAUUUCUUCUGAUACCAGCAGCUCUCAUGUUCAUCUAUAUCCAGAUGCGGCUUUUUCAGACGCAAUCAGUAUACGCAGAUCGCCUAGCCACCGCUAUUGAAUCGGAGAACCAUUGUACGAGUCAAAUGCGAACUCUGAUAGAUGAAGUAAGCAUAAAACAGACGCGGAUUGUGGCUCUUGAAGAGAUAAAGAGCCGCCAGCAUCAAGAGCUUGUGCAGCUAAAGGAUCUGCUUCAGACAUUUCAAAGAAAGGGAAUAGCAAAACUCAUUGAAGGCGGACAGACGCCUUUGGCUGCUGUGGUGAUCAUGGCUUGCAAUCGUGCUGACUAUCUUGAAAGGACAAUUAAUUCAGUUCUAAGAUAUCAAAGUCCCAUUGCUUCAAAGUAUCCACUUUUUGUAUCUCAGGAUGGAUCUAAUCCAGCCGUCAAGAGUAAGGCUUUGAGCUAUAAUCAACUUACAUACAUGCAGCACUUGGAUUUUGAACCAGUGGUGACUGAAAGGCCUGGCGAAUUGAUUGCAUACUACAAGAUUGCACGUCAUUACAAGUGGGCAUUGGACCAGUUGUUUAACAAGCAUAAAUUUAGCCGAGUGAUUAUACUAGAAGAUGAUAUGGAAAUUGCUCCAGACUUUUUUAAUUACUUUGAGGCUGCAGCAAGUCUUAUGGAUAAGGAUAAGACCAUUAUGGCUGUUUCUUCAUGGAAUGAUAAUGGGCAGAAGCAGUUCGUGCAUGAUCCUUAUACACUUUAUCGCUCAGAUUUUUUCCCAGGCCUUGGGUGGAUGCUGACAAGAGCUACUUGGGAUGAGCUAUCACCGAAAUGGCCAAAGGCUUACUGGGAUGAUUGGCUGAGACUAAAAGAAAACCACAAAAGUCGCCAAUUUAUUCGACCUGAAGUAUGCAGAACAUACAACUUCGGUGAGCAUGGCUCAAGUUUGGGUCAGUUUUUCAAACAGUAUCUGGAACCUAUAAAGCUAAAUGAUAUCAAGGUUGACUGGAAAUCGAUGGAUUUGGGUUACCUGACAGAGGGAAAUUACACCAAAUACUUUUCUGGCUUAGUGAGGCAAGCACAGCCAAUACAUGGUUCUGAUCUUGUCCUUAAGGCUCAAAAUGCCAAGGGGGAUGUUCGCGUUCUUUAUAAAGACCAGGCUGAUUUUGAACGUGUUGCGCAUCAGUUUGGUGUUUUUGAGGAAUGGAAGGAUGGUGUACCCAGAACAGCAUAUAAAGGAACAGUGACCUUCAGGUUGCAGUCGUCCACGAGGCGUGUAUUCCUAGUUGGGCCAGAUUCUCUCAUACAGCUUGGGAUUCGAGAUUCUUGAUAACAAACAUGUACUUGGACAGAUAGGAUCAUCUAUUUUCUCUCUUUGUACUCCAAUCCACCAAGACAGUUUCACACAGAUAAAAGUUGAAAUGUCAGCAUGUAUUGCACUUU